CUGAGUUCACGGUCUAACAGCUGGGAUAUCUAUUUUCAUCUGUCAUUACCCAGUUUGCAUACUUACUGAAACUAGGAACUAUGGGGAAUGUAGUCAGCAACACAGCUAGCUGCUUUACACAAAGGAGCAAAGAGAAACAUUCAGAGGAAGACUUCUUGAAGGAAUGUUAUUUCAAAAAAGACCAAAAUCUUGAAUUGAAAAACCAGCAAGAGAAAAAUAAUGCAGAGCCUAAAACGGCAUUACUUGAAAAAUCCCAGAAUCCUUCAGUUCUAGAAAAUGGAUGGUCCUCUGGUGCUGGGUCUCUCAAAAGCCUGCAGAACAAAGGCCUGGUAAAACAAAAUAACCUGGACCAGAAGCAACUGAACAGUAGAGGUAACAAGGUGCAAAAGGAGAUUCAGCCAAACUGGGCCUUGCAAACAGGUACUGUACAGAGGCAUUCAGGAUGUAGACAGUUUUCCACCAGAGAGGUCACAGAGGUCACAGAAGUGACAGAAACUGUUGUCACUGAGAUAAUUGAAGUGACAGAGUACCCACAUGGAGAAAAAGGUGGCAAUCCAGUUGUCACAAGAACUGUGAAAGUGCUGACCGAGUGUGCUGGGGAACUAGCAGAGGUCGAUAUUUUAUAUAUUUUACAGUAUACAGUAAUGUGGUAUCUGAUAUUCAAAUGCUAUACUGAAGGCUCAGCAUAUUUGAUCUAUAUAAAGUCAAUAAUGAGUUGA